AUGGCUCGCAUCACACACCUCGCCUCCUCGGCCGUUCGCGGCAUUACCACCCUCACGUUGCUUACAAGAGGCUUCUUUUAUGUCUUUGCGCAAAAGCAACCGAAUGGAGGUUAUGCCAAAGAUUGCAUCUUUACGGGCGCAAGUUUACGAGAGGGUCACUGGCUAGGGUGCAACUGUCUGAACGACGACGUUGCCAUUUUCGGCUACAACUAUACUUGGCUGGAUCUGAACUUUUGCUUGGGAAACAGAAAUGGCACCUUGGAGAGUUAUGAUACCGGAAACUACACUACAACCUGCCGUGACUGCAGAAUUCUCAACAACUACCGUACAAUCUUCCUGAACUGUCUAUGCCCGGACAUGGCGCAUGUGCUACACAACACCACGCUUGAUCUGAGUAAGUUCAGGCCCCGCGGUAACGUAUAUCUGCUUGAAGUGUUUGUCUAG